AUGAGAUAUUCAACAGCGUGCUCGGCGUGUCGCGCACGGCGGAGGAAAUGCGAGGUUCCUAUCGGUGGCGGGCAGUGCACUUACUGUGCGGCCCAGAACAUUGCCUGCUCGAGGGCUGGUACCAUAAUUCAGCCCAAGGCGGCUCCCAUCAGCCCCAUAUCCAUCACAACACCAAAGACGCCGACAGUCACCGAGAUCAUCCUUUCCAGCCCGCCAGGCAUCACUCCUUCAGCUGCUGUUGCAGACAAGGCGCUCUGCUUCGAGCUUGUGGAGUUGUACUUCAAGUACAUCCACGAUCAGCUUCACUCCCUCUUCCACAGGCCCAGCUUUAUGCUGGAUCUACACGAGGGAACCGCCCCUCUGGUACUUGUCUACGGAAUGAUGGCAUUGUCAGCGCGAUUUUCGUCGAAUUCCAUAUUCAACGGGAUCUCACCUAUGUCGCGAGGCGAGCUUUUUGCCAAUGAGGGAAAUCUACUACUCAACUUGCGCGACGUUUCACUUACCACGGCACAAGCAUGCGUGUUGCUGGGCGCGUACUCCAUCGUAGAGGGCGAAGCUGGAGCAGAAACCAUCUUCUAUUCGGCGGCUUGCAGGAUAGCCAACUAUCUCGAUCUACCCAACCUGCCAACCCCAGAUCCGCUCCAGAGAGAGAUCCACAUCAGAGUGUAUUGGUCUCUUUGUAUGAUCGACGUGUGGUCAUCCACUGGUGUCAAUCUACCACGCCUCAUGGACCGUCGAAUGGAUGUCCCGUUGCCCAUGAACGAGUCAACUUUUCUCAACAUGACCCGGGCAAACAACAACCACUUUGACUUCAUUCUCUCACCAAAUCGUGAAGACUCACUGAUCGCACAAAUGAUCAAGCUGAACAGCAUUCUGAUGAGGGUCAAUGACGCCAUCAAGAGUCUCACAUCUGACGUUGACGUGACCAAUAUCGACGAGACUGUGUCUCAACUGUCGCAAGAGCUGGAAGCUUGGGAGGUGGCCCUACCCCAUAAUCUUCGCGAUACCCCAAGUAACCUCCAUGCCUUCGCCUCUCAAGGCCUUGGGCGGAUCUUCAUUGCCGUGCACACUGGCCACUAUCACUACAGUCAACUACUGUACUACCAGUACCUAGAUGAAGUUCAGCGCUUCCCUACUUCACCAACAGCACAGAUGUUCGCGCGCAAAUGCAAGGAGAACGCUAUCUCCAUGUCACGUAUCAUCGAUCUCGCAAACACAACACCUGGCUGUGACGCCAAAUUCAACAUGCUCGGACACAUCAUUGUCAUCACAUCUUCAAUCUUUAUCCACACUCUGCUGUUCGAGACAGACGAAGCUGAGAUUGCAAAUGCCCGUGCUACGCUAGAGCGUCAUUUCAAUACCCUCGUCGCUUUGCGGGCGUACUGGCCAGCACUGGAGGUGUGCUUCGCACGGCUCAAGACGUUCCAUGAGCUAUGUCGCAAGAGUAUGAACACCAGCUAUCGCAUGGAUCGGUGGAUGUUACGGUUUUUGACUGAGUUUGCGCGACCAAUAGACGAGAAGGAGCGUGACGAGGAUGGCCACAUGGACUUAGAUCGCUGGAGUGUGGGUAACAUCGGCAUCAGUCCCGAGAACUGGGCAUAG